CUAAAACUCACCUUUUCACCUUCAUUCAAAGAUAUCACAAUCUCUGUAACAGUUCUUAUUUAUCUCUUUUCAUCCCUAAUCUCGCAUCUUGUAAUCAAAACACAGCCUAUUUUCAUCCUCCGCGAGUCAAUUUUUAAACACACUUUCAUAUUAUAACAACAAUGGAGAAGCUACAGAAGAUGAUCUCCGAGAAGUCGGUUGUGAUCUUUAGCAAAAACUCUUGCUGCAUGUCGCACACAGUCAAGACUCUUUUCUUAGACCUUGGCGUGAACCCUACGAUAUAUGAGCUAGACGAGAUUAACAAAGGAAGAGAGAUAGAGCAAGCAUUGGCUCAGCUUGGCUGCAGCCCGACUGUACCGGUGGUGUGCAUAGGAGGGAAGCUCGUUGGUGGAGCCAAUCAAGUCAUGAGUCUCCAUCUCAAUCGAUCUCUCAUUCCCAUGCUUAAAUGUGUUGGGGCAUUAUGGGUUUGACUAAACUGAGGGGAUACUUACGUAGAACGUAGCUUGAUAAUUAUAAUGUAAUGCAACUAAUCAAUGAUGACAAACAAAAACACAUAUACAUGUACGUAUGAAUGGUUUGUGUCUAUCUAAGUUUUGGAAGGAUACAUUGUGAGGGUACUUAUUUUCGUAACAUGCUUGGGUAUACUUUAUAAUUAAUUCACUAUAUAUGUAUUGUAUUUCACUAUUUCUAAAUUCGAUUUUUAUAAAUAAAUAUAUGUAUCUAAGAAAGGUGUAUGCCGCUUGUAUCGGAAAUUUACAUCUAUUUUUUGGGGUUAUGGGGUUAUAUAUGAAGGAAUAUAGAGAAUAU